UUUAUGCUUAAGCUCUGGUAUUAUUUAUUCUUCUCUUCAUCAUCUCCAAUCCACAUAGAAGCUUCAUUGAUUCCAGUGCUAAGGUUUGACAAUGGUAGGAACCACUUCUUGGAUCAUCUCGAAUCUAUUGUCUUCUUUGGAAAGUUUUUCUCAGUUUAUGCUUCCUUUUUCUUCGCGGGCUUCAUCCUCCUCACCAUCCAUAGCAGUAGAAGAUGGAGCAGCUACUGAAGUUGAUUCAAGCCAGGAAAAAUUAAUGGAGGAUUUGAGCCGAUUGUCGAGGAUGCUAGGAAGAAUUCAAUCAGUUCUUCAUGAUGCCGAGGAGCGGGAGAUCUAUGACAAGGCCAUCCAGCUUUGGCUUAGCGAGCUUAGAGAAGUUGCUUAUGAUGCCGAAAAUGUCUUGGAUCAAUAUGAUUAUCAAGUUAUCAAAACCCAAGUGGAAGAAAUGACCACAACUGUAGAAAUAGAGGCUUCUCUGAAGGGGAAACAAGUAGAAGACUAUGAUGAUGAUCAUUAUGGCUAUCAGGUAUCACUACCUUCCUCCAAUUCAAUUAAAAUUCCCAUUUCUUCCAACAUGGCUAAAAGAAUCAUGAAGAUCAUAGAGAAAUUUGAUGAGAUUGCAAAGGAUAGAGAGGCACUUUGGCUAAGACAAGAGGAUGCACCUAGGCGGCUUUAUCUAGAUGGUGCUUUGAAGAGGCCACCGAGUAGUUCUCUUGUGAAUGAAAAUGAUGUUUUUGGUAUGGAGGUUGAAAAGGAAAAGAUCAUUCAAUUAUUAAUGUCUCAUUCUGAGAAGGAGAACACCAUAAUUUCCAUCGUUGGCUUGGGAGGUGUGGGAAAGACAACACUGGCUCAACUUCUAUAUAAUGAUCCUUUGGUAUGUCAAAAUUUCAGCCCGAAGGUAUGGGUUUAUGUUUCUGAAGAUUUUGAUGUUUUGAGAAUAACAAAAGAAAUUGUGACAUCAAUAGUGGGUUCAUCCAUUCAUAAUAAUAAUAAUAACUUGAAUGAUCUUCAAUGCAUACUUAAGAAUGCUUUAUUGAAAAAAAGAUUUCUACUUAUUCUUGAUGACAUCUGGAAUGAGAGACCAGAUAUGUGGGAGGCCUUACGAGCCCCUUUUUCUGGUACUGGAAUGGGAAAGAUUAUUAUAACCACUCGAUCCAUGUUGGUUGCUCGCAUCAUGCAAACAGUGCCUUCGCUUGAGCUUAGGUGCUUGAAUGAAGAGAACUCAUGGUUAUUAUUUCAAAGACAGACUUUCUAUGGCUGGGAACUUCAUCAGCAACUGAAUUUUGAACAAAUUGGGAGGGAAAUUACUAAGAAAUGUGGUGGUUUACCUUUGGCUUUAAAAGUGAUUGGGGGGUUUCUACGAUAUGAAGUUAAUGAGGGUAUAUGGAAGGAUGUGUUAAACAAUAAUUUAUGGACGUCUGAGGAUACCAAAACUUCUAUUUUGCCUGCACUAAGAAUAAGCUACAAUCACUUGCCACCAUAUCUUAAACCAUGCUUUCUUUAUGCAUCUUUGUUCCCAAAGGGUCAUAAUUUUCAGAAAGUAGAAUUGACAAGAAUGUGGAUAGCUCAAGGUUACAUUCAGGUUACUAGAAGAAAGGAAUUAUUGGAAGAUAUUGCAUUUGAGUUCUUUGAAGACUUGGUGAGAAUGUCAUUAUUUCAAUGCUCAAAAAAAGAUGAGAGAUUCACUUUGCAUGAUAUGGUGCAUGAGUUAGCUCAAUCUAUAACUGGACAUGAGAUAUGGUCUUCAUUAGAUUUUGUUGAAUUGGAGAACGUCUCCAAAAAGGCAAAGCAUAUUUUCAUACAGCACACAAAGGUUGAUAAGGUUCUUUCAUUUUGGGAUAUAAGAACACUUUAUACUGUUAGCUCAAAUAAUUUAUUUAAGGUUCCUCGUCAAAGUAUUUUUUCUAAGGAGUCAUUCUCUCAUUUGGGUUACUUGCGUGUUUUGAGACUUCAUGCACCUGAAUGUGAAUGCAGCUUUCAACAUGUAGAUUUGAUAGGUAACUUACAGCAACUCCGUUACCUCUCUAUUUGUGCGCGAACAAUCCAAAUGACAAAGUAUUCGUUAUGUAACCUUUACAAGUUACAAACACUAAUACUCCAAUCAUUUCAUAUUAAUAUGCUACCCCAUGCAAUUGGAAAACUCAUCAACUUACGUCACUUGAUGAUUCGUUGUGAUUCUUUAGAAAUGCUAUCAAAAUCAUAUUAUGGGUUUGAAAAUCUCUUGACAUUUGAUUUUGGUUAUUACUAUUAUUUUGAUGUUGAGAAGACAAGUAAAAUGCAUAGUUAUCAUCAUAUCUUAAGAAUAGAUGACUUAUAUUCUAACAUUGGAUGGUUGAAAAACUUAACAAAUCUACAUCAAAGUCUAGAGCUUGAUAUGCUUGAAAAUGUGGUCAAUCGGGAAGAUGCAAAGGGCGCCAAUUUGCUAAGUAAGCCACAAAUUGAGAGCCUAAAACUCUCUUGGCAAAAUAGAAAAGAUGCUAAAAGUAUAAGGCAAGAUGAUGCUAUUCUUGAUGGCCUCCAACCCCACACCAACCUUAAAGAGUUAAUUAUAUGGGGCUAUGGUGGUAGCAGCUUCCCAAGUUGGUUUGGCAAUCCUGACUUCUCAAAUUUGACUAAAGUAAAGUUGAUGAAUUUCAAAAGCAAAGAAGAAUGUAAGUUCCUCCCUCUAUCUAUGUUACCAUCUCUCAGAUCACUUGAAAUAUGCAAUAUUAAUGGGAUAAGGAGAAUAGGGAAUGACUUUUGGUGCUAUAAUGCUCCUCCUAAUGGUCAUGAGAAUUGCUCUAUAGAGGUGCACGGGAAAUAUAAAAGUAUGCCCAAAUUGGAAGGGCGUCCAAUAUUGAAAAGUGGAGAUUUGUUGAGCCUAAGGUUUUUACACAUACUUCAUUGCAACGAGCUGCAACAGAUAUCAUCCCUCCCAUCAUGCCUCGAGGAAUUUGAGGUACAGAACUGCAAAAGUCUUAAAGAUAUUGCACUUUUUAACAGCGGAGGAUCUCUUUUGAGACUUCAAAAAGUAAAAAUUUGCAGAUGUUCCAAUCUGAAGAUAGUGAACCACUUGAAUUAUCUUGUUGGCAAGCUUAAAGAUCUGACAUUAAUUAAAUGUAACCUUCUGAAGCCAGAACUAGAAGAAUAUUCUAAUCAUUCAUUUGGACGAGUUUCAGUUGAAAAAGACAUUGCACGUGUACUUUUCUGUCCAGGUAUGAGAAAGUGGUGCGAAUGGCAUGGUUUCGCCUAUGAUAAGGAUCAGGAUAUCAACCUUUGGGCUUUGGAAGAGGCUGAAGAGAAACACAGACAUAUUAGAGAUUCCAAGAAUGGCUUUGGGGAAUUGGAAGUGGAAGGACUUUUCCGCUUCCUUAUGGGAAUUUAAAGAG